AUGGCUUUUAAAUUACCCUUUCGCUAUAGUGACCCUAAUGUCCAAGUGUUCUUGGUAGGCUUCAUCUGUUUUUGUUGUCCAGGCAUGUUCAAUGCCUUGAACGGUAUGGGUGGUGCUGGUCAAGCCGAUCCAAAGGUCACAAAUGAUGCCAAUACGGCCCUAGCUGUUACUUUUACUGUUUGUUCCUUAAUUGGUGCCCCUAUUUUUAAUAUCCUUGGUCACCGUGUACUCGUUCCUGCUGCUUUGACUUAUGUUCUUUAUGUUGGUUCUUAUCUUACUCCUAACCCUGGUUUCACUAUUGCCACUGGUGCUAUCCUAGGUAUUGGUGCUGGCUUACUUUGGACUGCGCAAGCUGGUAUCAUGAUGUCUUAUCCUGAUGAAAAGGAUAAGGGCAAAGCAUUUUCUAUCUUUUGGAUGACAUUUAACCUUGGUGCAACCGUAGGUGCUGCUAUUUCCCUUGGUAAUAACUUUAACAACACGACAAGUACAGUAUCGAUUGGCACAUAUAUCGGAUUUAUGUGUAUCAUGGGCUUUGGUGCCUUUUUAUCGCUCGCUUUACUUCCUGCUCGUAAAGUGAUUCGUUCGAAUGGAACACCCGUAUCACUGCACAAGUUCUCUAAUUGGCGUCGUGAAGCAGUCGAAAUCUUUGCCCUAUUUCGUGACUGGAGAAUGAUCUGUUUGAUUCCUCUAUUCGCAGGUUCUAAUUGGUUUUACACCUACCAGUUUCAAGUCUACAACGGCGGUGGCUUCUUCUCUCUCCCUGCUCGUUCUUUGAACAACCUUGUCUAUUGGCUUUGCCAAAUUAUUGGAGCUGGCUUCUUUGGUUGGUUACUUGAUUUCAACAAGCUGGGUAACCGCAAAAGCCGCGCAUUCUUUGGUAAUACCGUCGUCUUGUCUGCUCUCUGUGCUUCCUGGAUCGGCGCUAUCUUUGUUCAGAAAAAAUUCACUCGGGAAAGCGUCACCUUGGCCAACUUUGAAAAAAUUGAUAUCAACUCUGAUGGCUAUGCUGGAUAUGUCAUUCUCUACGCUAUUUUUGGUUUGGUAGACGCCAUCUAUCAAGGCUUUAUUUAUUGGUUACUUGGCACAAUGACAAACGAUACCGAACGCGCUGCGCGCUAUGGUGGGUUCUAUAAGACUAUUCAAAACGCUGCCAAUGCCAUUGCUGCUCAAGUGGACGCUACCCAUGUUCCAUUCAUGACCCAGCUAAUCAUCAACUUUGCCAUUGAAGGCGUUGGCUUGUUGUUGGCCUAUAUUGUCUGCUUCCAAGUGUCAGAUGUCACAGUGGAGGAGGUUGAUAAUCUCGUAAAUGACCAAGGCACAGAAAUAAUGAUUGCUGGUCAAGUAGAGAGUGUUGGAGAAAGUCAAAAGAAUAUCAAAGUUGAGCAUUUUGAUCAUAUCAUUGAUCCUUAAUCCCUAUAUACAAUAAUGCACUCAUACUCAUAUUCCCCUUUUAUUCUUUUUUAUUUUUUCAUUCUUAUAUAUAUUAUUCACAUUGCUUUUAUAUAAAAAAGGUCUUU